GGGCGGCCGGCCGGGCCGCGAAGGCUGCCGGCGCUGUAUAUAAGCGGCGCUGGCGCCGGCCGGCCGACACCGCAACCGCCUGGCCAGCCCAGCCGCACCCGCACCGCCCGCUGCCGCCGCUUCUGCGACCGCCAACUCGCCGCGACAAUGAAGGUACUUUCCAUCCUGGUGAUCUGCCUUUCCGUGGCCGUGCUGGCGGCCGAUGAGAAGAAGGAGGACGAGAGGCCCAAGAUCUUCAAGAGGCUCAUCCCCGCUGAUGUCCUCAGAGACUUCCCCGGCAUGUGCUUCGCGUCGACGCGCUGCGGCUUCGUGGAGCCCGGCCAGACCUGGGACCUGACCCCCUUCUGCGGCCGCUCCACGUGCACCCCGGGCGAGGGAGAGAACGCCGGCAGGCUGUUCGAGCUGGUCGAGGACUGCGGACCUCUGCCCAAGGCCAACCCCAAGUGCAAGCUCAGCGACAAGACCAACAAGACGGCGCCCUUCCCCGGCUGCUGCCCCAUCAUCGAGUGCGAGCCCGGCGUGAAGCUCGAGUACCCCGAGAUCCCCACCGCCGCCCCCGCGGCCGACAAGGAGAAGAAGGCCUAAGCGGCGCCCGCCCACGCCACACCGACAGUAGCACCCCCAGCCUCCGCGGCUCGCAUCCCUCACCUUCGCCGUAAAUCCUCGCGUCGCUGCCCGACGCGUCAAAAAUCAUCCUUCGCCUACCCUACGUGAACCUCGGAUCGGCUUUCUUCGCCCUCAGUCGAUUGACCUCGCGAGCAGAACCGACGUCUUGCUUCGUCCGGGCAGUACGCGUCGGGCAGCCAGCAAUCUACGUGAAACACCGCUUCACUUCUUUCCUACAAAAAAAAGGACUGUCCUUUCUACUUCUUUCUUGCCUCACCUCUCUGUUCCUCCUAUCCUGCCGCCUCGCGAUUUUUCACCAAAUGUGUGUCCGCUACUGUCUCGGAACCAUCACAAAGCUUGCCUACUACUAUCAUAUUUGGCCAAACUUAACAGAUCGAUACAACGCUAAAGUUAUUCAAGCGUGAAAAAUGUUAAAAAAACAAGUAUCCCUAAACUAUGCAGUAUCUCGUGUUUAACAUCUCAGAAAGCACGCAUUACGGUUAUAAUGUAAAUAGCGACCUUCUAUCACCGCUGUAAGUCACUCGACUCGAACCUACAACAACCGUAAAUCGACAAUACAUCUGUAAAAAUACCCUCUCUACCGUGACAACGUUCUUACCUUAGCUCGCAGAAAUAUCUACGCUGUUGUAGCAAGUACGCCGUGUCGUCUUCACAGCUGUCUCACAUAUGCGAUAUAAUCCAUUCAUUCUAGAUAUUUAUACAAUAAAUUUAAUGCUUAGGUACACCUAGAGGCACACCAGUCAGUGCACCUGAAAUAUGAUCUUUAAAAGGUCGUCUGUCGUGUAUGUGUUGUGAUUAUUAUUUCGUUUACGGCAGUGAAAAUGAUGUUUAGUCUUGUCUCGUUUAAGAGUAAUCGUUCCUCAGUCAUUUUCACUCACGCGUAGUACUUCGUAAAAAAAGAAGACAGCGAGAAAAGUCAUUUACGACAUCUAAUAUACCGAAUGCUUACUCGAAAGGAUUCGUUCGUUACGGUGUGUUACCGAAUAUCCGACCUUCCCCAAGCGCUGACAAAAUGGAAACAUAUAUAUAUAUAUACAUAUAUAUCUACGGAACAGCGCCAUAUCGAUCACAUCGUUAAUUAAACUACACUGCUAAGUCAUGCACAGUAAAAAUACUUUUUAUUUCAGGAAAGAUCAUCACUAGCGAACUACAUCUCGCUUCCUGAUCCAUGUUAAAGGAAUGCAUUUACUUUGUGUUAACUAUUACUGGUUGGAGUUUCUAAUUCUUCCCAUAAUAGUAGUAUCAGAGACUAGAAUUGUAAUUAUUAAGCCAAUUUACAAGGUAAAUUUCAGCGUUAUCUUUUAACUUGUAAAAUGUGUGUAAAACUUCUUACGUGUGAAGUCGAAUGUGAAAUUUCAGACUGAAUUUUUUUUCUACAAUUCUUGUAAACAUAGUCUCUUUGGUGCAUGAGUGAUGAAUACAACUAAAUGUAAUAAAUUUCCUUACAAAACAUGAA